AUGGCUGAGGAGAAGACUGCUAUGCCUGAACAUGUCGACGUUGUCGACACCAAGACGGGGCUUGCGACUGAAGCGGAGGUGACAUGGACGGAAGAGGAGGAGACGCGGGUGAGGAGGAAGUUGGACUGGCAGAUUGUGCCUAUGGUUACGGUUCUUUACCUCAUGUGCUUCCUUGACCGGGCGAACAUAGGAAAUGCGAGAAUUCAAGGCAUGGCAGAGGACCUCAACCUGGUCGGAUACCGAUUCAACUGGGCGCUCUCCGUCUUCUACAUCAUCUACCUCUUGGUGGAAGUCCCAAGCAACAUCAUCCUGAAGAGAGUCGGUCCGAGAUUCUAUAUUCCCAUGCUCGUGGUCGGCUUCGGCUUCGUCAGCCUCUGCACUUCCUUCGUGAAGACCUUCAACCAGCUAUGCGUAGCCCGUGCCUUUCUCGGGGUCUUCGAGGGCGGCACCAUGCCUGGUAUUGCCUUCUUCUUGUCUAGCUUCUACAAGAGGAAGGAGCUGUACUUCCGCGUGGGCAUCUAUGUCAGUGCUGCAUCUAUGGCUGGGGCUUUCGGAGGUCUUCUCGCGGCUGGAUUGAGUCGGGUCCCUGAAUGGGGGACUUCUGCUGCGCCGAUUCAUACUUGGAGGAAUAUUUUCUUCUUCGAGGGUCUUCUCACAAUGAUCCUCGGCGGUCUGGCGCCACUGAUUCUGCCUCAAAGCCCGGAGACUUCGAAAAUCUUGACUGAAAGGGAGAGGUUUAUUGCCUCGGAGAGACUGCGUAUCGAACACAAGGCGAGCGCGAACGAGCAGGUCAAAGCACGACAUAUCAAGCGUGCUCUGUUUAAUAUCAACAACUACGUCUGUGCCGGAGGAUUCUUCUGCAUCAACAUCUACGUCUCCGCCUCAGCGAUAGCAAUCUUAAUCGCUUUCAUCAGCGACAAGACCCGCCAGCGCGGACUCUAUCUCGCAGGCUUCACCUUCCUCGGCAUCACGGGAUUCGCUUUGCUUCGCUGGAAUAACGACGCGGACGUACGUUACGGAGCAGUAUAUCUCUGCGCUCUGGGAGCCUUCCCUGGUGGUCCUGGCUUCUUAUCGUGGGGUCUGAACAAUGCUGCUGGACCUGCUGUGAGAGCCGUUUCUGGGGGAUGGAUCGUGACGCUGGGGACGAUCGGUGGUAUUGUCGCUACGUGGACCUAUCUGGCGAGCGAUGGGCCUGACUAUCCUAUUGGGCAUACGAUCAAUCUUGUUGCGCAGGUUCUUGUACUGAUGUUGGCGAUUGGAGGGAUCUUGUACUGUCUGUGGGAGAAUAAAGUGCGGUCGAAAGGUGGCAGGGAUGGAAGGUUGGUUGGGCUAAGUGAGGAGGAGAUCAGGGAUUUGGGGUAUAGACACCCAGACUUCAGGUACAUGGCAUGA